AUGGAGAGCAUAGUAGUGAUAGUAGGAGCUGGUCCAUCAGGCCUAGCAACCUCAGCAUGCCUAAACCUCCUUUCCAUCCCUAAUAUAAUCUUAGAAAGAGAAGAUUGUUAUGCUUCUCUUUGGAAGAAAAGGGCCUAUGACCGUUUAAACCUUCACUUAGCUAAGCAAUUCUGCCACCUCCCUCACAUGCCCCACCCUCCUUCCUCACCUACCUACAUCCCUAGGAAAGAUUUCAUCCACUACAUUGACCAAUAUGUGUCCCAUUUCAAAUUGGCCCCCUUAUACCAUCGAUCCAUUGAAUCUGCAUCGUACGAUGAAGAUAUUGGUCGAUGGGUUGUUGUGGCCCAUAAUGCAGUUUCGAAUGAGGUCGAGGAGUAUAGGGGCCAGUUUCUAGUUGUUGCGACUGGGGAAAAUAGUCAAGGGUUUAUACCUGAUGUACCAGGGUUAGAGACCUUUCCUGGUGAGAUUGUGCACUCUAACCAGUAUAAGUCAGGGAGAGAUUACAGUGAAAAAACUGUUUUGGUUGUUGGGUCUGGAAAUUCAGGCAUGGAGAUUGCCUUUGAUCUCUCUAACUUUGGAGCAAAGACUUCUAUAGUUGUCAGGAGUCCGGUAAAUCCCUGUGACUAG